GAAGCUUCUUGUUGACUCGCUUGAGGAGGGAACCCAGUAAUUCGAUGCGACAUUCAGUGUCUGUUUUACGACAACUAGGACUCCAAUACUUGGUUACAUUGAGCUGCAGGAUGACGGAUAAGCGACAGGGGACAAACUGAUGCUAUCAAUUUAUCCCAGUCGAUGCACAGACCUAGCUGGUGGGGUGUCGAAGUGCUCUGAUACAUAACUAAUCAAUUGCAAACAUCACUUCUUAGUGACAAAAAACACAAUAAUCCGACCUCGUCACCUUCUCAUGCCGAUGGCACCUCAGCCGUUAUUUAUCUAUUGACUCCCAGAGACACCAUGUCUUUGGCUAUGAUCUUGGUUGCACUCACGCUGGCAGCGUUCAUAGCCCGCGUUGUUUAUCUCUGCUACUUUCAUCCUCUCGCUCGCUAUCCUGGGCCUUGGUUUGCCCAACUCUCUAAUGCAUGGAGACUCGUUAUAUUCUUCAGUGGCCGGCAUCACUUGAUAGAACAGCGUCUACACGCUAAGUACGGUCGCGUGGUCAGAGUUGCACCUAACUGGCUGUCGUUCUCCAGUCUGGAAGAUUUCGAGGUUAUCUAUGGCUUCAACAAGGCCAUCGAGAAGGACGGGUUCUACGACUUUGGUCGCAACCGGGGCAGUCGGCCCGAGAGCAUCUUCGCCGCAAAGACAGAGGCCAGUCACCGAGUCAAGAAGAAGAAGGUGGUCAGUCCAGCUUUGACUAGUACCAGGAUCGCUACAUACAAGCCUGUCAUCGAUAAGCACGUCCAGAUUCUGCUGGCACGCCUGCAGUCACGGUUGAAGGGUCCAAUACACGAUGGGGAGAACAAUGGCACUACUGGGGUGAACAUGGCACCCGUUGUGCAUCAGUUCACUCUAGACACACUGCUUGAGCUGCUUUUCGGCCCUAACCUAGCGGCACACCCGUAUACUAAUACCCCUGCUGGCGAAGGGGUAUGUUCAAAUCUCCGCAUCAUGAGCAAAAUGGCCUGGAGUUUCUCACUUUGGCCCGCCUUUGGGUGGCUCAUGAACACCCGUCCAGUUGAUGCAAUGUUACGGCGACCGACUUACAGCAAGCAAGGCGUACUCACCGGUAUGGCAGACCUCAUGGGCGUGGCCAUGCCGAAGCUCCUGAGGAACCCACAACAAGUGGUUGCGUCUCCCCAGCCUAGUAUCGUCAAGAGCUGGCUAGAAGUCCCUCUAGAUGAUGCGAACCAUAUGACUCCAGCUGAAGUCGCGUCGGAGGCGACCAACUUGAUCAUAGCAGGACCAGGAAGCACGGCAGCUGCUCUGACAGCGGUUAUAUUCUACCUGGGCACGAAAGAAGGCCAAUCUUGGCAGGAAAAAAUCCGGGACCAGAGCCUCGAUUUAGGGGCAUCCUCGCUGGAACUCCAGGCGGUGAUCAAGGAAACGUUAAGACUAACCGCCCCAUUUCCGACUGCCUUCCCCCGAGUGAUUAGACCUGGCGCUGAGAUGGCCAUACCUAGCCUUGCCGCUCCGCUGCCUGUCGGAACAAUGGUCUCUGCGAAUACGUUUGUGCUAGGUCGAUCGCGAGAACUCUGGGGCAACAACGCCGAGGAAUGGGAGCCACAGCGCUGGCUGGGGAGUGAGCAACACCGUCGAGGGAUGGAGACGAAAUUUGUGGCAUUCAGCAAAGGCUCACGGAGCUGUAUCGGACGUGAGUUGGCGUUACUUGUUCUCGCGCAGGCGGUGAUUGGGAUCAUCCAGCAAUGGAGAUUCCACAGUAGGGGGGAGUUGCAAGGCAAAAGCUUCCUUGAGAUGCAGUAUGACGAGUGCUGGAUUGAACUCGAGCCGCUUGACCUGUCGUUGAGCGCAUGAAGCAUAGCUCAGCUUGAUAUCCUGGUAGCCUAAAAGCACACUUUCAUCCGUUGCUGCGCCUUAUUCGUCAAUAUGCAGACCAUGAGUCACAAAUGGAGUCAAAUAUGACUCAACAUGUAGUCCGAUUCAUUGUCUGGC